AUGGACUACACGAACAACUCCUCCAACAGCCACGGCCCCGGAGACACCGUGACCUCCUCCUUAGCCGGCAUGAGCGUCAACGACCAGAACAGCCAGGAGAACGGCGUCCAGAUGGGACACAGAAGCCCCGGAGACGCCAAAAUGAAAGCAGAAACGUCUGCUGAGGUCGUCGGAGCAGAAGCAGCGUCUCAGCUCACAGAAGAGGAGGGGCCGCUCGCACCAGCAGCAGCUUCCACAGCUCAAGCAAAGAUGGAUAACGGCGCCGCAGAGAAGACUCAAACUGCCGCCUCACCACCGUCCGUCAUUACAAGGCCGUCCGUAGUCGCCAAGGGCAACAAAACACAAGCGCCCCCCCGAAACGUCCACAGCUCCAUCCCCGUUAAAGCCAGCAGCCCAGGGCCCAGGCCGCCCGGAACUGGUGCAAAGUUUCAAUCCCCAGGACCCAAGAUUUCUGUGAGAACUGGAGCUCAACCAGCUAGUGCCAAGAAACCUCCCACUCCAAAAAAUGAAAAAGACGCCAUGAGUGGACCCAGCAGCCCCGGAGCUCCCAAGUCCCCGUCGGGCAAAGCAGCUUCUGCCAAGGCGGCGGCCGAGGCCAACAAGGUGAAGAAGGUGGCGGUGGUUCGCUCAACGCCCAAAUCCCCGGGCUCGCUGAAGAGCCGCCCGCCGGCGCCUCUGGCCGCCGCCGCGCCCAUCCCCGACCUGAAGAACAUCAGGUCCAAGGUCGGCUCCACAGACAACAUCAAGCACCAGCCUGGAGGUGGAAAGGUUCAGAUCCUGGAUAAGAAGCUGGAGUUCGGUGACGUCCAGGCUCGCUGCGGCUCUAAAGACAACCUGAAGCACACGCCCGGAGGAGGCAAGGUGAAAGUCCUUUAUCAGAAGGUGGAUUAAAGAAAUGUCCAGUCUGUAGUUUGAAAUGAUAAUGAUUUCACACGUGCACCCGGAGGUGUUAAUGUACAAAUUCUUGAAAAGAAGUUGGACUUAAGCAAUGUGCAGGCCCGGUGCGGCUCCAAAGAUAAUAUAAAACAUGUGCCCGGUGGAGGAAAUGUUCAAAUUGUGCACAAAAAGAUUGACCUGAGCACCGUUCAGUCGAAAUGUGGAUCGAAAGACAACAUCCGUCACAAACCAGGCGGUGGAAACGUGGAGAUCAAAAACGAGAAGGUGGAGUUCAAGGGUCAGUCCAAGGUCGGUUCUCUUGGAAACAUCGGCCACGUCCCCGGAGGAGGACAGAGACGGAUUGAAAGCCACAAGCUGAGUUUCCGCGAGCAGGCCCGGGCUCGCACCGACCACGGCGCCGAGAUCGUGUCCUUGGAAGACUCCCCCCACCAGCUCAGCACCGUGUCCUCCUCCGGCAGCCUCAACAUGGCCGACUCCCCGCAGCUCUCCACGCUGGCCGACCAGGUGUCCGCCUCCCUGGCCAAACAGGGCUUGUGA